AACCGAGAAGUAUUUAAAAAUACAUUAAGAGUGAGAACGUGUGAACUGUGACGUCACACAACAUUCGACUUGUAUUAUAUUUGUUGGGAUUGCCGGCGAGGGGUCAGUGUUGUGCCAUCCGCGGGACUGACAACAUGGCGAAGCUACUCUUUGUACUCGGUCUUGUGACCAUAGCCAUGGGAACGCCGUAUGACUAUGGCGGUUUCGACUCAUUCGGCCCGCCUACUUACACAAAAACACAACUGGGUGAGAGCAUAGACAAGUCCACCUUGAAACUGCUGAAGGUGGCUUACGAUGUAGCUGAGAACAAGAACGUGAUAUCGUCGCCCCUCAGUCUUAUGGUGUUGCUGGCUCUGUUCAACACCGGCGCUGGACCUGAAGCCAGGGAGGAGAUCACCCGGUUCCUGGGAGGCUCAGACUUCAAACAGACCUCGGACUCAUACAGGGACUUGAGCGUUCAGUUCUCCGAGUUGAACCCUGAGGCUCUGACAGUCGCCAACAAGGUGUGCGUGUCCGACAAGCUGAGCCUCAAGACAUUCACCGCCGCUGCCCGGUCUUACCGCAGCGAGGUCGACACCAUCGACUUCGGAAACGCCCAGGCUGCGUCGGACACCAUCAACCAAUGGGCUGACCAGAAGACCCAGGGUAACAUCAAGAAGCCCACCAACCCGGACAUGUUCGGUGACGACGUCGUCGCUGCGCUUUUCAACGUCAUCUACUUCAAGGGUCACUGGCACGUACCUUUCAAAGCUUCAGAGACGACAGACAAAGACUUCCACCUCACCAAAGAAUCAAAAGUUCAGAAGCCGACGAUGCACCUUCUGCAGUCUCUGUAUUAUACUGAGAGCCCUGAACUCGGUGCUCGGAUGGUGGAGCUGCCCUACAAAGAAAGGGGAUUCCGUAUGGUUGUUGUGCUCCCGAACGAAGUAGACGGUUUACCAUCAGUUCUCGAAAAGGCUGCGGAGAAGGGUCUUCUCAAUGAUGUGUUCAACCUGAGCCCAGCUGGAGCCGACGUAGACCUGGACAUUCCCAAGUUUGACAUCAAGAGCAAACUGGACUUCAAUGACAUCCUGCCCAAGCUCGGAGUGUCAAAACUGUUCACCGAGGGUGCCGGAGGCAUCGUCAAGGAUCAAUCUGUGGUAGUAUCGAAAGCUUUCCAAGAAGCUUUCAUCAAGGUCGACGAAGAAGGCGCCACUGCUGGUGCUUUCACAGGAUUUUUCGUCGUGCCACCGUCUUUAGACUUUCGUCCACCUGAGCCAGUGAAGUUUACCGUUGACCACCCAUUCUUGUAUCUAAUUCUCUUCGAAGACAAAAUCCUAUUCGCUGGCACUUUCACACGCUAAGGCCUAGUCGCUGUUGCCAUGUCUUCAUUCUCAAGACCACCAGAACCAAUUAAAUUCCACGUAGACCAUCCGUUUUAUACCUCAUACUUUUUGAAGACAAAGUCAUUUUUGCUGGCACUUAUGUCAAGUAAAUUGUAAGAUACUCAAAUUGUUAUAAAAGUUGCCAAUAUUUCCUAUUUGUUAUGUCUGCUGAUGAACAAUAAAUACUUUUUAAAAUAUUA